AUGAUCUUUCCGACUGCAGAUGAGUUAAUGAUCGAUGACGAACUGAUCGAAUACUGUUUCCCUUCUAAUCCACUGCACGUCAGAAUCAGAGGAACAGGUCACCCGUUUUGCAGUCCUGUCCACAGGUAGCCCAAGCUCACUAUGCGAGCCCUGAACAACAUUAUCCUACUUAGCUAAUUAAUUAUUCAUACAGCAAGAAAAUUAUAAGACGUUGUAUGGAGAAAUAUUCUUUGCUCACUAAAUUAGCAAAAUGUACAUUGAAUAUCGCUUUGAAGCUUACCUUUAGCGUCUUCUUGUUUUUCUUUGUAUUCUGACUGCAUUUCAGACCUCCUAGGCACUGUUUAAGGCCUUUUUUGGAGCGACAGUUUUUCACCCAGAUGACAGUAGAGAGAAGAGAAGAGAAGGUUGGCAAACCUCUCUUGACCGGCUCCGCUCUCGGCGGCGAUAAAUUCCGUGACAUUUGCGACAUGGAGACAAUUCCGCCAGAAACAGAUGUCCUGAUAAAUAACGCACAUUUUCCAUCAUUCACAUCGCCAAAAUUCCCAUUUCGAAGGUCCUAAAUCGCCAACGAAGUGGGCAAUACACGGCUGAGGUGAGGCGAGUCGAGAGCAGACCCGCAACGGACUCCAACCGUCACGUCGACAAUUCAAACCGACGCGGGCUGGCAGGGUCAAAUUGUUCAACCGUCAAAGGACAAUUGGAGCAUUUAGCCUACUGGGCACAGUAACUGAUUUUUCACUUCUCACAUUGCACUCCGGGGUCGGGGAAGUCAAGCAUCGCGUUUGAUAGUCACUAGCACACGCGAUGCUUGACUUCCGCGACCCCGGAGUGCAAUGUGAGAAGUGAAAAAUCAGUUACUGUGCCCAGUAGGCUAAAUGCUCCAAUUGUCCUUUGACGGUUGAACAAUUUGACCCUGCCAGCACGCGUCGCUUUGAAAUUGUCGACUUGACGGUUGGAGUCCGUUGCGGGUCUGCUCUCGACUCGCCUAACCUCAGCCGUGUAUUGCCCACUUCGUUGGCGAUUUAGGACCUUCGAAAUGGGAAUUUUGGCGAUGUGAAUGAUGGAAAAUGUACGUUAUUUAUCAGGACAUCUGUUUCUGGCGGAAUUAUCUCCAUGUCGCAAAUGUCACGGAAUUUAUCGCCGCCGAGAGCGGAGCCGGUCAAGAGAGGUUUGCCAACCUUCUCUUCUCUUCUCUUCUCUCUACUGUCAUCUAGGUGAAAAACUGUCGCUCCAAAAAAGGCCUUAAACAGUGCCUAGGAGGUCUGAAAUGCAGUCAGAAUACAAAGAAAAACAAGAGGACGCCAAAGGUAAGCUUUAAAGGGACAUUCAAUGUACAUUUUGCUAAUUUAGUGAGCAAAGAAUAUUUCUCCAUACAACGUCUUAUAAUUUUCUUGCUGUAUGAAUAAUUAAUUAGCUAAGUAGGAUAAUGUUGUUCAGGGCUCGCAUAGUGAGCUUGGGCUACCUGUUUCCUGUCUUGCGGAAAACACGGAGUACGUAGCAUGACGUAGCGACUUCAGCGUUAAAGAAUUUCCAUCCAGCGAUUUUUGGUUCAGUAAGCUUCAGCAAUAAUGCCGACGACGUGGUUCCAUCUGUAUUUGUCCCAGCGGCACUAGGUUUUUCUGCUUCAGUAAAGAACAGCAUGACCAGUCCAGCUGUAAAAUGGACAUUUGACUUGUCAAAUUUGGAGGCUGGUGGCUUCUUUCGAAUCCUCCUAAAAGAAUUUAAACUUGCACUUCACAAACACACUAAAGGGGGACAAGAGUCGGCAAUCUCAACAUUUUUGCCGAGUGAAGAUAAAACUGAAUCCUUUCUCAAGAGCAUUGGUAGCUUUUUUAGCGAGGCAAAGGUGCUUUUUGACAAUAUCCCUGCAUUUCGAUGCCUAACUUGGCCCAUGGUUGCUCAGGAAUGGAGGAAAAGACGGCGGAAAUGGCCUUCACCUGACGUAGUUGAUCAAUUUAUUCGGGAGGGAUUUCACUUGGUCGUAAAAGCUCCAAAAAACGGUGGCAACCCAGAAUGCGACUUUAGAAUCUCCUUUUCUCAUGCAGAAUACUUGUUAAGCCAGGAGAUAAAUGAAAUUCAGCGUGAGUGUUACCGUUGCCUAAAGACAUAUCAUCGUGUGUAUCUUUCUACAGAGGCAAAGGGCCUAAUAUCAUUUUACCUGAAGAACAUUUUUCUGCGAACGAUUGAGGAAACCGAUGACGAGAUGUGGAUCGAAAGCAGUAGAGCGGAGUGUAUGUGGAAACUAUUUGCGAACCUGUUGAAAGCUCUCAGGGAAAGGCAUUUGCCGCAUUUCUUUGUGCGGUCAUACAAUUUGUUUAGCAUUGACGGCUACAUUGAAGAUCCAGUGAUUCUGGAAUCGCUGACAGAGAGAGUAGAGUAG